AUGACUGACCUGGUCGCGCACACCGAACCCUACAUGGGAGGCCACUGCCACAGCGGCAUGCUGGCCGGGGCACGCGCCAUCCUGCAGCAGCGAAUCGGCGCGCUUGAGGUGCUGCUCAGGCGCAACCCCGGCUUCGAGGUUCACUGCAUGGGCCACAGCCUCGGCGGCGGCGUCUCCGCCCUCGCCGCCCACGUGCUCACUUGCGACCCCUCGUAUUCCGCGCGCCUCGCGGCCGCCGGCUGCGGGGGCGUGCGGGCGACCGGGUUCGGCUCGCCGCCUGUCUUCACGCGGGAGCUUGCUGAGGGGUGCGCGCCGUACGUGACGACGGUGGUGCACAAUCACGACCUGGUGCCGCGCACCUGCGUAGCCAAUCUGGCGCAGCUGCAGCGGGAGCUGGAGGGGCACAGAGAUGAUUUCUUCGGCCGCAACAAGGUGGCGGGCUUCCUGCGCGACAGCGGCGCGAUCUCAGUCGGAAAGCAGGCAGCGCGCGCGCUGUUCGACGCCGCAAUGGCAGGCGGCGCCGCGCGCGCCGCCGCGCGCAGCCCGGCGGCGCAGGCGCUCGUGCAGGCGGCCGCGAGCAAGUUCAAGCAGCUGCACGGGGAGGCCAUGGCCCGCGAUGCGUCGGGCGGUGCCGGCGGCGCCGGCGGGGCGGGAGCGGGGCCAGGGGCAGCGGCGGCCACGCCCGCAGGGCUGCAGCCUGGGGCCGGGGAGGAGGCGCGGGAGCAGCGGCGGCUGCUGCAGGAGCGGGAUGCCGCGGCGAAGGCGAGGGCGCUGAGCUGCCAGGGCGGCAGAUUUGAAAUGGAGGAGGCAGAGGCACACCACAGGCUGUUUGCACCCGGCACAUUGCUCUACCUGAAGCGCUGGCAGGAGACCCCAGCUCCCUAG